AAAGUGAUAGACGUGGCGUUAACGAGAAAGCUAGGACAGACAAGAAAAGAUGUUGACCAAAUUCGAAACGAAAUCGGCACGAGUUAAAGGCUUGAGUUUCCAUCCGAAAAGGCCAUGGAUCCUGGCCAGUCUUCACAAUGGCGUAAUUCAGUUGUGGGAUUACCGAAUGUGCACUCUCUUAGACAAGUUCGACGAACACGAUGGACCCGUUAGAGGAAUUUGCUUCCAUAAUCAACAACCACUCUUCGUUUCCGGAGGCGAUGAUUAUAAAAUUAAGGUUUGGAAUUAUAAACAACGUAGAUGUAUUUUUACUUUACUUGGUCAUUUGGAUUACAUUCGUACUACAACAUUCCAUCACGAAUAUCCUUGGAUCCUAAGUGCAUCAGAUGACCAAACUAUUCGCAUUUGGAAUUGGCAAUCUCGUACAUGUAUUUGUGUGCUCACUGGGCAUAACCACUAUGUCAUGUGCGCACAGUUUCAUUCAUCUGAAGAUAUGGUAGUUUCUGCAUCUCUAGAUCAAACUGUUAGAGUAUGGGAUAUAUCAGGAUUAAGAAAGAAAAAUGUAGCACCUGGUCCAGGUGGAUUGGAGGAGCACUUAAAAAAUCCUGGCCACACUGAUUUAUUUGGAACAUCUGAUGCUAUUGUGAAGCAUGUUUUAGAAGGACAUGAUCGAGGAGUAAAUUGGGCAGGAUUUCAUCCAAAAGUAUCACUUAUUGUAUCAGGAGCUGAUGAUAGACAAAUAAAACUUUGGAGAAUGAAUGAGGCCAAAGCUUGGGAAGUAGAUACUUGCAGAGGACAUUACAAUAAUGUAUCAUGUGUGAUUUUUCAUCCAAGGCAAGAAGUUAUUCUCAGUAAUUCUGAAGAUAAGAGCAUUCGAGUAUGGGAUAUGUCAAAGCGUACUUGCCUUCACACGUUUAGACGCGAACACGAUCGAUUUUGGAUUAUGACAGCUCAUCCUUCAUUAAAUCUGUUUGCUGCUGGUCAUGAUAGUGGAAUGAUUAUUUUUAAACUGGAAAGAGAAAGGCCUGCAUUUGCUGUUCAUGGAAAUUUACUUUAUUAUGUUAAGGAUCGUUACUUGCGCAGGCUCGACUUCAACUCUUCCAAAGAUGUUGCCGUGUUACAACUUCGAGGUGGAAAUCGAAAUUCUAUUUUCAGCUUAUCGUAUUGCCCAGCAGAAGGCGCUGUAUUGCUCUGUACUCGUACUACCAACAUUGACAAUAGCCAUUAUGAUUUAUAUAUGAUUCCAAAGGAUCUUGAUUCUCAGAGCCCUGAAACUGCAGAAUGUAAGCGAUCAUCUGGAGUCACAGCAGUAUGGAUUGCAAGAAAUAAAUUUGCUGUAUUAGAUAGAACACAUUCUCUUGUCAUUAAAAAUUUGAAGAACGAGAUAUCAAAGAAAAUACAAGCACCCAACUGCGAUGAGAUAUUUUAUGCUGGGACUGGAAUGUUGCUUUUAAGAGAUACUGAUGGAAUGAUUUUAUUUGACGUACAACAAAACAGACCAUUAGCUUCUGUUAAAGCAAAUAAAGUAAAAUAUGUCAUCUGGAGUGCCGAUAUGAGUCAUGUUGCAUUCCUAAGCAAGCAUACUAUUACUAUCUGUAAUCGACGCAUGGACAUUCUUUGUAGCAUUCAAGAAAAUACCAGAGUGAAGAGCGGUGCAUGGGAUGAUAGUGAAGUUUUUAUCUACACUACAUCCAAUCAUAUCAAAUAUGCACUUACUAAUGGAGAUCAUGGUAUAAUACGAACAUUAGAUGUUCCCAUUUAUGUCACAUGGGUUCGAGAUACAAAUGUGUACUGCUUAGACAGAGAAGCACGUCCAAGAGUUCUGGGCAUUGAUCCCACUGAAUACCGUUUUAAAUUAGCUUUGAUAAAUAAGAAAUAUGAUGAAGUUUUACACAUGGUACGCAAUGCAAAACUUGUUGGACAAUCUAUCAUUGCUUACUUGCAAAAGAAAGGUUAUCCAGAAGUUGCAUUACACUUUGUGAAGGAUGAAAAGACACGUUUUGCUCUUGCAUUAGAAUGUGGAAAUAUUGAGGUUGCAUUAGAUGCAGCUCGUACUCUGGAUGAUAAAGCUUGUUGGGAAAAACUUGGAGAAGCAGCACUAUUACAAGGCAACCACCAGGUAGUUGAAAUGGCAUAUCAGCGUACAAAAAAUUUUGAUAAACUGUCAUUUCUCUAUUUAAUUACUGGAAAUUUGGAAAAGUUGAGGAAGAUGAUGAAAAUUGCCGAAAUUAGAAAAGAUACCAGCGGACAGUUUCAAAAUGCUCUGUUUCUUGGUGAUGUGGUUGAAAGAUUAAAAAUUCUUAAGAAUUGUGGACAGACAUCAGUGGCUUAUCUAAGUGCAGUAACCCAUGGUUUACAUGAAGAGGCAGAAGCACUAAAAGCCAAUUUAGAAUCUAAUAAUUUACAGCUUCCACAACCUGAUCCAAAUGCAGUAUUACUACAACCACCUUGUCCAAUAAUGCAAUGUGAAGAAAAUUGGCCCUUGUUAAGUGUCUCUAAAGGAUUCUUUGAAGGAGCCAUUUCUACACGCAAGACUGCACUAGCAGCUGAGUUGACAGAUGACGGACUUCAAGAAGAUUGGGGAGCUGAUACUGAGUUAUUGAUUGAUGAAGAAGGUGGAGGAGAACCAGCUUUAGAAGAUCUCAAUAUUGAUAAAGAUGAUGCUGGUGGAUGGGAAGUGGAGGAUGAUUUAGAACUGCCUGCUGAAUUGGAACCUGUUGCAGCAGCUGCUGGAGAAGAUGGCUAUUUUGUACCUCCAACUCAUGGGGUUUCUCCUUCUCAGUUAUGGGUAAAUAAUUCUAAAUUGGUGGUUGAUCAUGUUCUCGCAGGAUCUUUUGAGACAGCAUUUCGCUUAUUACAUGAUCAAGUUGGAGCUGUAAAUUUUGCUCCUUUGAAACCACUUUUCCUUCUAACUUUUACCAGAGCACGAGCUGCAUAUCAAGCUUUACCUUAUAUUCCCACUCUGCAUACGUAUCCUCAACGUAACUGGAAAGAAGGUAGUGGUAAAAAUUCAGCACCAGCCAUAGGAUGCAAACUGAGUGAUCUGAUUCAACGUCUUCAGACUUGCUAUCAGCUAACAACUUCUGGAAAAUUUCAGGAAGCCAUAGAUCGAUUUAGAACUCUCUUGUUAAAUGUUUUAUUGCUGGUUGUAGAAACAAAACAAGAGAUAACUGAAGCACAACAACUACUAGAAAUCUGUCAAGAGUACAUAUUGGGACUUGCACUAGAGUUAGAACGUAAAGGCCUUCCCAAAGAAACCUUGGAACAACAAAAGCGAACAUGUGAAAUGGCAGCAUACUUCACACACUGUAACCUGCAACCCAUUCAUCAAAUUCUUACACUCAGAACAGCAUUAAAUUUGUUUUUCAAGUUGAAAAAUUAUAAAACAGCAGCAUCUUUUGCCAGAAGGUUAUUAGAAUUGGGUCCAAGACAAGAGGUUGCAGCACAAACAAGAAAAAUCCUGCAGGUGUGUGACAAAACACCAACUGAUUUGCACCAGUUACAGUACGACGAGCAUAACCCUUUCUCUCUCUGUGGGCAAACCUACAAACCAAUCUACAGAGGAAAACCUGAAGUAAAAUGUCCACUCUGUCAGACAAGCUACUUUCCUGAAUUUAAAGGUAGCAUAUGUAGGAUCUGCAACGUGGCAGAAAUUGGCAAAGAUACUUUAGGAUUACGGAUCAGUCCUUUGCAAUUCAGAUAAUUUUUUCGUUUGUUCAUAUUUUCUUUCUCGAUUUGUGAUAAAAUCUGAAAAUAUUAUCAUCUUAUAAUGUAUUUUCAUAUAAUAAUGGAACAAGUUGGUUAUUUAUGAUUUAUCAAAAAUUUUUAUAGAUGUAUAUGAAAGGUUUUUGUUCAUUAAGAAAUAUAAAAUAUUUAUGCAUUGAAAUUGAAAAUUAGAAUUACAGAAAUCUUU